AUGGCCAACGUUGUGCCGCAGGCUGAUAUCCUGCGUGAGAGUUUAGCUGAAGUGGUUCAGGCUGCAAAGGUCCCGGCCAAGCGUCGAGGAGCUCCCAUCAAAUCUACUGUCGAGACCUUGGCCUCAGAGUGCUACGGAAAUGGCGUUCUACCGGACGCGUUGACGGAACUAAUAGAUCUCAUCGUCGCCCCUAGCCACCUUGACCAGGCAAGUUUGAACAGUCUGAUUAAGAACCUAUAUCCCGUCACGCGUAUCGAUGGUGAUAUCAUCAUCAAGGUCGUAGGCUGUCUGGGACAUGGCGCUCUCAAACCUUCACUUGCCAUCCAGGCAGCACUUCUCAGGUGGAUCAUCAUGGUCUAUCACACUAUAGAGAAGCAAGACAUCCUGUCCAAGGUAUAUGCAGUCUUGUUCAACUUGCUUGACACUGCAGCUAUCAGACUUGCGUUGAGUAGGCAGACAGGAAAUGACCCUGCGCUGACCGGUCUACUUCGGGUCUUCAAAGAUUAUUACCCCGAGAUCAUUGUGGGGGACGCAACUCGGGGCAAGGCAUCCUCUUUCAAGCACCCAGAUCCUCAAUGGCGAGAGCGAUUAGAUGAGAUCCAGCAAGCACAUGCGCGAUCUUUGGAAGACCGUGACCAACCCAAGGACGCUUUCCGAGUAGCUCGACACAUCAACAAUGCUGGACAAAGCAAAAGGCCGCCGGUUGUACCAGAAGUGCAUACAUCGCAUGCACAGGAAAACUCCGUAACACUAGAGGAGAUCGAGAAUGUGGAUGGGUUGGUCAAAGCACUGGAGACCGUUGAACUGCCCAAUCAGCUCAUUUCAGUGCUUGGUGAUCCUCUGCUGCAGAAAUUGAUGCUGUUAAAGCCGGACCCUAUCUCUCACUUGCGCAUCAGCAAUUGGCUCGAUGCGUAUGGUCAAGAUGUGCUUGAUGGUGGGGAUGAAGGUGCUGGCGAAGUUGCCAGCUUCCUCGAGAUACUGCAACAAUACGCCGCAAACACUAAGAAUCUUCCCCCAAUAGUAUUGUCCUUCUUCGCCUCAUAUUUGAAGACCUGGAACGGCCACGACUCAAGGGAUUGCAUUCUCCAGACUCUCAUGUACACACCGGUUCCUACAGACGAUUUUCCUGAACUAUACAGCCGGAUACUGUCUCUUUUAGAGAUCAAGGUUCUCAACGGAACUGCUGGGUCCCAAUUAGUCAUGCUGAAGUACUACAACGGUUUGCUCCAGCAUUGGAUCACUAUCCUGCAGUCUGACGAUGUCGAAUCGUUGUCGACCGGAGCAGUCUCGGAUCUUGUCACUCAUGUGAAUAAGCUCUGCCUAACGGUUGUACAAACCUCGUCCAGCACCGCGGCACAUUCAAUUAUUCUGGAUUUUUAUGAACAGGCUGCGUAUCUCGCAUCAAAUCCCAGACUCAAUCAACACAUCCGAAUCGUGAUCCCGCCUACCGCUCUAGUCUACACGCUCCACUUCAGCUCAUCGCCGGUCACAUUAUCACGACUGUGUGGCGUGCUCGCUCAGUACAAGGAAGGGUUCCAGGCCGCUACUGGCUCGUCUCGGUCGUCAUACCCUCCGGAGUACAUCAAUGUAUUCAAUGGUUUCCUGAUGGAUAUUUGCAAUUGUCUUUGGCGAUCAAGGGCUUUCAAUGCCAAGGACUCCAACUCACACGCCUGCCUCAUGCCAGACAACGUCAUCAGAGACCUGGCAACACACGUGUCUGCCGUACGAAAAGGCAGCGAACUGACUUCUCUGUUCACGUUAUCCACAUCUUCAGUACUCGGAUCUCUAGCUACGGCAUAUCUUCGCGAGCUAGAAGAAUUGGAGAUGGAGCAGGGCACAGGCGACCUCGAUCUCAGACAUGCCGGGCCUGUCACCAGGAAGAGCUUGGUAGAUCUCGGCAGAAACGGAGGUGUGAGUCUGACCUGGGACGAGUAUCGCCAGGGUGUUUUAGGUUAUCUUGAGCAGCAAGGAAUGACCGGGGUUGGACGAUUGAUGCAUAACACGAUGACGACACUGAUGAAGAGGAGCUGA